UAUAACAUCUUGAGAUCUGUUGAGAUUAAGUGGAGAGAACCGCUUCGCUUCUUGGUUAGGAAACAAACGAAACGAGCGAGGCGGACGGGGGGCGCAUGCGCAAAAAGACACUUUGGAUUCCAGACCGAUGGCGUCGGGUACAGCUAGCCGCUCCGAAGACGAAGAGUCUCUAGCAGGACAAAAAAGAAGCUCAUCGCAAGUAUCGGGGGCCAUUCCAAAACGACGGAGCUCAUCCAGGUUCAUCAAGCGGAAGAAAUUUGAUGAUGAGCUGGUAGAAAGCAGCCUUGCCAAAUCAUCCAGCCGGGCCAAAGGCCCCAGCGGGGUGGAGCCGGGACGCUGCUCUGGCAGUGAGCCAUCUUCUAGUGAAAAGAAGAAGGUGUCCAAGUCCAUCUCAACCCCUGUCAUUCCAAGCCCUGCUCCAAAUCCCAGCCUCACCAAACGGAUGAAGAAGAGCAAGCAACCCUUGCAGGUCACCAAGGAUUUGGGCCGCUGGAAACCCACCGAUGAUCUGUUGCUGAUCAAUGCUGUGCUUCAGACCAAUGAUCUGACCUCUGUGCACCUGGGCGUGAAGUUCAGCUGUCGCUUUAAUUUGCGAGAAAUCCAGGAGCGAUGGUACGCACUCCUCUAUGAUCCUGUGAUUUCCAAGCUGUCUUGCCAAGCAAUGAGGCAACUGCAUCCUGAAGCCAUUGCAUCUAUGCAGAGCAAAGUGCUUUUCAGCAAAGCAGAGGAACAGCUCCUAAGCAAAGUGGGAUCGACCAGUCAGCCUAAUCUGGAUACAUUCCAAGAUCUGCUGCACAAACACCCAGAGAUUUUCUACCCUUCCCGCACUGCUAAAGUCUUGCAGACACAUUGGCAGCUCAUGAAGCAGUACUACCUCCUGGACGAUCAAACAGUGCAGCCACUGCCCAAAGGAGACCAAGUGCUCAACUUCUCAGAUGCUGAAGACAUGAUAGAUGACAGCAAGCUGAAAGAUGUACGAGAUGAAGUGUUGGAACAUGAACUGACUGUUGCAGACCGCAGGCAGAAGCGUGAGAUUCGGCAGCUAGAGCAAGAGCUACACAAAUGGCAAGUGCUGGUGGAUAGUAUAACAGGGAUGAGCUCCCCUGAUUUUGAUAACCAGACCUUGGCGGUGCUGCGUGGACGGAUGGUGCGCUACCUCAUGCGCUCCCGGGAGAUCACGCUUGGCAGAGCCACCAAAGACAAUCAGAUUGAUGUAGAUCUGGCACUGGAAGGCCCUGCUUGGAAAAUCUCCCGCAAACAAGGUGUCAUCAAGCUGAAGAACAACGGGGACUUUUUCUUGGCCAACGAAGGUCGACGGCCCAUUUAUGUUGAUGGACGGCCAGUGCUUUGUGGCAGCAAGUGGAAACUCAGCAAUAACUCCGUGGUUGAGAUUGCCAGUUUGCGCUUUGUUUUCCUCAUCAACCAAGAUCUGAUUGCUCUUAUCAAGGCAGAAGCUGCCAAAAUUGCCCAGCCCUGAGGCUUGGAUCAAACCAAAGGAACACCCCUGUCGCCGCCCCUCCUUCCUCCAGCAGGGACUGCUAUUUUCUUUGCUGCUUGAUGCAGCUUCCUCUGGUUUGCCUCCUUUGAGGUUAGGAUACAAAGCAGUCCUGGGUCUUUUUUUUUUUUUUAGCAUACAGGAACUCUGUUUCGUGCGUGCACACACACAGCCACCGGAGAGAGAAGGGAUGGGUGGGGGUAGAGAUACUCGGGCUUAAACACAGCCCUUUGGCUAACAGAAGCCCUUUGCUGAGUAUCCUGGGCUGUGUGAGAAAGGGCUAACUGCUUCUACCGACUCUUGUGCUUCACUCUCUUUGGGACAGAGUGACGAAAUUUUUCAGGACUGGAUGUGGGGAGAGCCAAUGUCAAGUUAAUAUAAGAGUUGUUGGUCCUCUCGUUCUGCACUGUGUUAGUGCCAUUUCUAGAUGUCAGUUUUUCAGGUAUCAUCCACUAGAAUCUCAGUUCCUUGGGUAUGAAAAAAAGGAACGAUUUAUUCCAUGUAAGGUUGGUUUUAAAAAUAGAGGUCCAUCUGUUCCUAUCUGUUCACGUGGUACAAUAUUACUAUUUAACAGGGGUGUUGACAGACUAAUGAACUAUUUUAGAUUUUGGCACUUGCCUCCUAAGUGCAAGCACAUCCUUGCCUGUAAGUAACUGUAUGGUAGAAUAAGUUUACCAGAGUGUUGUCAGUCAUAGUUUGAUUGUUUGGGAUUUUAAAAAGCAAUGGCAAAAAUGGAAGUAAACCUAAUUAUUUAAAAUGCAGCCUUUGCCUUGCUAGCUUUUAAAAAAAAUAUCUAACUUUUGUCUCCAUUAAAAUUUCUGAUGAAACAGUGC